GAUGGGCAGCAAGAUGGCGUCUGCCAGCAGGGUCGUUCAGGUAGUCAAGCCACAUACCCCAUUAAUAAGGUUUCCCGACCGAAGAGAUAAUCCUAAGCCCAAUGUGUCAGAAGCUUCGAGAGCCACAGGCCUGCCUCACUCCUCUACACAGCACGCCACGGGGAGAAGGUCACCAGGCUUGCUGAUGUACCAGGGCCCUGCGGACACUGCAGAAAUCAUUAAGUCACUGCCACAGAAAUACAGAAGGAAACCCAUACCUCAGGAGGAAAUGGAAUUUACCCAGCGAGGAGGUCCCGAAUAAUCACCGUGGCUGCUGCUUGUCACCAGACAGAAGACUUGUCUCUACAAUAAAGGACUCCCAAAAUG